AUGGAGACCGGCAAACUUGCCCCUCCGACCUUACAAAUCAACACUCGACAACGUGCGCUGAGUCAGGCCGACACUGUUACAUCGCAAACAUCAGACCCAUUUCGGACGCCGAUAUCGCCGAGUAAUGCGUCCACAAGUGGUGUAUCUACUGUAGUAGGAGACUACGAUGCAGCUUUGCAACAGGAGCUGCGCGCUGAAGCUGCAGCGGACACCAACAACCCGUUUGCAUUUACUCCAUCACAACUCAGCAAGCUCCUAAACCCCAAGUCUCUCCCUGUUUACCAGGCUUUGGGUGGCAUCCAUGGCAUCGCAGCCGGCCUACAAUCAAAUAUCCACACCGGUCUGAGUGCCGACGAGUCGACCGUCCCCCAGCACAUCUCCUUCGACGAAGCAACGAACCCGCAGACACCUACGAAAGAAAAAGAAUCAAGUCGACCGCCAAGUGAUGGAAAGCCGUUCGAGGAUCGGAUUCGCAUACACGGACGGAACGUACUACCACCAAAGAAGGUCACACCUCUAUGGAGAUUAAUAUGGAAUGCCUACAACGACACUGUCUUGAUUGUCCUUACCGUUGCAGCAGCGAUAUCCCUAGCACUUGGACUCUACGAGACUUUUGGUGCAGAGCAUCCACCCGGUUCUCCGACACCUGUCGACUGGGUCGAGGGUUGCGCGAUUGUCGUGGCAAUCGUCAUCGUUGUGCUCGUCACAGCCGUUAACGACUGGCAAAAGGAGGCGGCGUUUGCGAAGCUCAACGCAAAGAAAGAACAACGCGAGAUUAAAGUGACACGCUCUGGAAGGACGGCAAUGAUCAGCAUCUAUGAUGUUCUGGCUGGAGAUAUCAUACACAUGGAACCCGGAGACGUCAUCCCAGUCGACGGUAUCUUCAUAGACGGCUCCGACGUUAAGUGCGAUGAGUCUUCUGCCACGGGAGAGUCGGAUGCUAUGCGAAAGACUCCAGGCGCUGUUGUUAUGAAGGCACUGGAGUCGGGACAGCCAGCAAAAAACCUUGAUCCAUUCGUCAUCUCUGGUGCAAAGGUGCUUGAAGGUGUCGGUACCUUUAUGGCGACCUCCGUCGGAGAACACAGCAGUUUUGGCCAGAUUAUGAUGUCUGUUCGCGUCGAGAUCGAGGCUACACCACUUCAAGAGAAGCUUGGUAAGCUUGCAAUGUCUAUUGCCUAUCUUGGAACCGCAGCUGCUGGCAUCCUGUUCUUCAUCCUUCUUUUCCGCUUCGUUGGCGGGCUGUCUGGUGACACUCGAUCAGCGUCGAAGAAAGGCUCAGCCUUUAUGGAUAUUCUUAUCGUCGCUGUCACCAUCAUUGUGGUAGCGGUACCAGAAGGUCUUCCCUUGGCUGUGACAUUAGCACUGGCUUUCGCGACAACAAAGAUGCUGAAGGAGAACAACCUCGUCAGAAUCUUGCGAGCAUGUGAGACCAUGGGAAACGCCACAACUAUUUGCUCUGAUAAGACUGGUACUUUGACAACCAACCGAAUGACGGUCGUUGCCGGCACAUUCGGCACUACGAGCUUUGUACACGCUGAUUCCGCGUCGGAAAAGGACCAAACGAUAUCAGCAUGGGCAUCGAAAAUUUCAUCUGCUGCAAAGGAGCUUCUCAUUCAAUCUAUCGCAAUCAACUCCACAGCAUUCGAAGGCCAAGAGGAUGGCAAGCCAGUUUUCGUCGGUUCUAAGACUGAGACUGCGCUACUUGAGCUCGCUAAAGACCACCUUGGACUUGUCUCGUUGUCAGAGACUCGGGAUAACCAGCAGGUAUCGCAUAUGUUUCCUUUUGACUCGGCGAAGAAGUGUAUGGGCGCGGUUGUCAAGCUUCAGAACGGCCAAUACCGCCUUGUCGUCAAAGGCGCAUCCGAAAUCCUCCUCAGCUUCGCAUCCGCGUUCGCGCACUUCGAGACUUUGGAGACAGAGCCACUUUCCGAAGAACACCGUCAGGGCCUGACCGAUACGAUCAACGAAUACGCGAACAGGUCCCUUAGGACCAUCGGCUUGGUCUACCGCGACUUCCCACAAUGGCCACCGGCCAAUGCUGCGCUCACGGAUGGUGGCAGUGUCGACUUCGCCUCCCUGUUGCGCGAUCUCAUAUUCUUCGGCCUCGUCGGAAUUCAGGACCCCGUACGCCCUGGUGUGCCCGAGGCAGUUCGCAAGGCACAGAAGGCUGGCGUUACUGUAAGAAUGGUUACUGGUGACAACAUGCAGACUGCACGAGCGAUCGCAACUGAAUGCCUCAUUUAUACCGAAGGUGGCUUGGUGAUGGAAGGACCCGACUUCCGCCGCCUCUCAACCGAACAGUUAGAUGAGAUGCUGCCACGCUUGCAGGUAUUGGCCCGCUCAUCGCCUGAGGACAAGCGCAUCCUGGUUACUCGUCUGAAGGCACUUGGUGAGAUUGUCGCUGUUACCGGCGAUGGCACCAACGACGCUCCAGCGCUCAAGGCAGCCAACGUUGGCUUCUCCAUGGUUUCCGGUACUGAGGUUGCCAAAGAAGCGUCUUCCAUCAUUCUCAUGGACGACAACUUUUCUUCUAUCAUCACUGCCUUGAUGUGGGGUCGAGCUGUCAACGACGCCGUGCAAAAGUUCCUUCAAUUUCAAAUCACCGUCAACAUCACCGCAGUCGUGCUCUCAUUCGUUACCGCCAUCUAUGAUGACGAGAUGAAGCCUGCGCUCCGAGCUGUACAGCUUCUAUGGGUCAACUUGAUCAUGGACACCUUCGCGGCGCUCGCACUCGCUACCGACCCACCGACUGAGAAGAUCCUCGACCGCCCACCACAGGGUAAAGGUCCUCUUAUCACAACGACCAUGUGGAAGCAGAUCACCGGCCAAAACAUCUACAAGAUCACAGUCAUCUUCGUGCUUUACUUCGCUGGUGGCGAUAUCCUUGGCUACGACCUUUCUGACCCCAACAAGCAAAUCGAGCUCGACACCGUCAUCUUCAACAGCUUCGUCUGGAUGCAAAUCUUCAACAUCUUCAACAACAGGCGUCUUGACAACAAGCUCAAUGUGCUUGAGGGUAUCCUUCGCAACUGGUUCUUCAUCGGCAUCGUUGUUAUGAUUAUUGGCCUACAAGUUCUCAUCGUGUUCGUCGGUGGCCGCGCCUUCCAGAUCAAGCCCGGAGGUAUCGAUGGGACACAAUGGGCUGUCAGCAUCAUCACUGGUUUCAUUUGUAUUCCGUGGGCAGUCCUCAUCAGGUAUUUCCCUGAUGAAUGGUUCGCUGCUAUUGCACAUGUAGUCGGCAUGCCCGUCGUCGUCGUCUACCGCUGGUGCCGCGAUGGCAUAAGGAAGAUGAAGGGUUUGUUCACCAGAAGCAAGAAGAACGAGGAGGUUGAUGCUGAGGCUGGUCCUGCGCCUGCGAUCGUUGUCGUCGGUGAUGACGCGAGUGUAUCGGAGAACAGGAAAUGA